AUGUCACAGCUUGAUCACUCCCGCACCCACGCUCACGCCCACGCCCACUCCCAGGCCCCAGCCGACCAGCGCCAGAACCUCACCUUUCACAUCACUCAAAGCCGCCCUGUACAACCCCCAUCCCCAUCUGGCCAGCAGCGUCUGGCAGCCACAGCGCCCUCGCGCCGCCCCAUGGACACUUCUUUUGAGGACAGUCCGACCUUUGGAAGGACACAAUCGCAUAACGCCUCGUCGCCACCGACGAGCCCCAGCCCUUCGCGAACCACUUUCGCCUCUGCCGUUCCCCGCAUCGUCACCACCGAAGCCCCUGACGACGGAGCCUCGGGAGAGGCUGCAAAGACAUACUACCACAGCAGUUCUUCAGGAAGCACUACUCCCGAGAACAGAAGCCCUGGACCAGCUCGUUCCCCCCGCUCACCUGCGUUUCCGGAUGCAGUCCGUCGUGAUUCCGAUACCCUCGUCAUAACUCAAGUCAGAGCUCAUCUCGCGGGCCCCUCGAGCGAAUCCUCGACGAUGGCUUCCACCACAACAACCACGCGGACCGAGCCCGUGAAGGGCACAUUGAAAAAUCCAUCAAUCGAUUCGGCAAUGUCUGCCGCGACAUCGAAAUCCAAUGCUGCGGAUGCGGACGGGCUCCCCGACAUCCAACAAUUGAUCAGGACGGCCGGCAGCGCCGAGGCAGUCAUCCAGUACCUGCUCAAAGAGAAGCAGUCACAAGCACAACAAAACGCUAAGCUGUGGUCGCUAGUCGACAAACAAAGGGGAAUUAUCCUGGAACUUGACCGGGACCUCAGGCGAGCCCUGAAGGAGAAGGAAAAGUAUAAGAAAAAGUUGAAGGAGUUGCUAGAAGCAUCCCGAUCCGGGUCAUCUCCUCAGGUGCCCAAUGGCCAACAGGCUGGCACCAAUGGUGUCAAUUCCGAUCCCUCAGCCACCAGAGAACAGGUCAUCGAGAUCCCUGCGUCGCCAGUGCCGACGGCCGACAGCCCCAGGCCGUCACCCAUUGACGUUGCCCUGGCGCCUUAUCCCAUUACUCCUCCCGGGGACCAUGGAUUAUCCAACAGCCCUCGGACGGGCGUUGAAGACCUGCUCAAUCCUGUUGAGUCGAUGCCGAAGCCGAGCGAUCAUGCGUUAGAUCACUUCGAUCACGAGAGGGAAGAGCUCGAGGCAGAGGCUGCUGCCAAGAAAGCUGAGGAGGAGAAUGGAUUACAUAUCCAUGUGAACAUCCCGCCAUCCCGAUUGGAGCCCCGCGAGCCGCCUAGGAUACCUCCUCCCCAGCUACCAGUUGGUUUGCCUGAUCGAUCGCCAAAGCUCGAUGAUAGCAAGUUUCCCCCGCCGACUGCCCCGCCCCCGCGCAAACCGCCGCCGGCGCCGCUGCACCUUAAGAACCCGAAGCCGAGGCCCGAUGUCUCCCAAGAAGAGGAACUAGACACGGACACAGAUUACGACAAGAUUCUCGAAGUGGACGAUGCCGAUGAAGAGGAGAGGAGAGGACGCAGGAGGACUCGGGAAGAGGAUGACCGCGAGCGUGCCAUCCAGGCGAAGAAAGAGGCGGAGCUCAGGAGCUUGUCCAAGAAGAGCAAGAAGAGCAGUAGCCAGAAGGGCAUGCCGAAGGAAGAGGCCCCUGAGGACCAGGCACCGCCCACUCCUAGGGCAAUGUUCCCGCCGAGAGGUCCUGCCUCGCUGGCGGGUGUCUUGAGUGGUGCUCUGGGUGCCAUGGCGCCUCCUCUCAUGAGUCCAGGUCUGCCUGUGAGCCCCAGGCCUGUCACUACACUCAGCUCGCCAAACUCGCCGCCGCUUUCUCCUAGAGGGGCUGGUGCCUAUGCUGGCAUGCCUCUAUCCCCCCGUCCUCCCCGGCAGCCCAUCCCCCUACCGCCCAACACCCCUCUUUCCACACCAUCCCCAGCAGCCGGCGAUGCUGCCCCUGCCCUGAAGUCACAUCAGCCGCCUAGCGCUGCUAAUAAGGAACACGGUUCGACGCCGAGUCCGACCAAGUCAAAUAACGAGGAGCGCCCGCCGGAGCGCAAGAAGAUUUACAAGGGAUUUGUGACCGAGGAGUAUCCCGAUCUUUUGCUUCCUCCCAACGCCCUCCCGCAUAUCGACAUCAAGGUUGCCUCUUCCCGUAUGAAGCCUUCUCGGGCCAGCUUAAUCUCCCUGACCCAGCUCGAAGAAGAUCCGGUCUUCACCCUGGCCGUCUACUCGAGAGCUGACGGCGGUGAGCUAUGGAGGAUUGAGAAGGACUCUGCAUCUUUGGCGAAGCUGGAUCACAGGCUGAAACAGUGCCCCAACUUCACCGCCAAGACUCCCGACAGGUCCCUCUUCAGCGGUCACUCACCGGCAAAGCUGGAUGCUCGUCGCGACGCGCUCAACCAGUACCUGGAUGAGCUAUUGAACACUCCACUUGACCAUGAUACCGCGCUGGAAUUGUGCAAGUAUCUCUCGACCAACACUCUGCCGCCCAACGCUGAUGAGACGGGUAGCUCGGACUCUGGCCACGAACGGGUUGGCCCUGGCGGCCGGCCGUAUCGCAGUGGCUACUUGACGAAGAGAGGGAAGAACUUUGGAGGAUGGAAGGCUCGCUACUUUGUCCUGGACGGCCCUCAGCUCAAGUAUUACGAGACUCCCGGCGGCGCACAUCUCGGCACGAUCAAGCUUCGUGGAGCUCAGAUCGGCAAACAGACCAAUCACUCGAACGAUGGGUCGCAGGGAUCGAAUGAAGACGGUGACAAUCAGUAUCGCCACGCCUUCUUGAUUUUAGAGCCGAAGAAGAAGGACCCGAACAGCAUGACGAAGCAUGUGCUGUGCGCCGAGAGCGACAAGGAGCGCGACCAGUGGGUCGAUGCGUUGAUACGCUGGGUCGAUUACAAGGAUCCGGAGGAAGAGGAGUCCCAGCAGCCGUCCAAGGAGUCGAAGAAAGAUCACCACGGACACGACCGCAAUGGCUCCGAGCGUAACCACGGCAAGAAGAAGAGCAGCGGACAGGCGAAGCAGCAGCAAAAUGGCGACGAGGAGUUAGUCGGCGUGAGUUAUGAGGCGACCAAGCCAGGAGAGGCGCCGUCAGGGCACCCAGGAAAGAAACAUGGUGCUCCAGACCAGGACUCCGUUCACAGCCAUUCCACGGUAGCGUCCUACAACAUCUCUGCUCCGCGCGAUGGGCAUGUCAUUACGAACUCGGAGUCGUGGGGUAACAAGCAACCAUUGGGUCUGGGUUUGCCCAGCCAGGAGGAAAAGAAGGCCCGGAAGCGCAGCUUCUUUGGAUUUGGUCCCAAGACGCGUACCUCGAGCGAUGGCCAGGACUCUCUGUUUGGCAGUGAGGGCGGAAACUCUCCGGCCACGCAGACCAAGAACCCUUUCAACGGCCCUGUCCGUGAGGUGUUUGGUGCCAGUCUGGCAGAGGCGGUGAAGUACUGCUCACCAGUGGACGUCAGGGUGCCGUUGCCAGCUGUGGUGUACCGGUGCAUCCAGUACCUUGAGGCCAAGAACGCUGUCUCUGAAGAGGGUAUCUUCCGGCUCAGCGGUUCGAGCGUGGUUAUCAAGCAGCUGCGCGAGCGGUUCAACCAGGAGGGCGACGUCAACCUGCUCAACGACAGCCAAUACCAUGACAUCCAUGCUGUGGCUUCGCUGCUCAAGCUGUACCUGCGUGAACUGCCCGCGACGAUACUCACGAACGAGCUGCGGCCUCAGUUCCAGGCUGUGACGGAGAUGCAGGAUCAGAGCCAGAAGCUUGCGGCGCUGUCGGAGCUCGUCGCACGGCUCCCGCAACCCAACGCAACGCUGCUCAAGUACCUGAUCUCGUUCUUGAUCAAGAUCAUCGACAAUUCCGAUGUGAACAAGAUGAACGUCCGCAACGUCGGCAUCGUGUUUUCGCCUACGCUCAACAUUCCGGCUCCGGUGUUCGCCAUGUUCUUGCAGAACUUCGAGGCCAUCUUCGGCAUUAACCCCGCCGACUACGAGCUUCCUGCCCCCGAACCCGAGUUCACUCAGGAGCGCCGUCCUUCGCUGCCGACAUCCUUCCAGGAACGCCGCCCCUCAGAUGCUGCCAGACCAUCGACCUCCCACAGCGACUCGCCGCACCGCCAUCGCCUGCUUGACUCCCUCGAUUCUCAAGGCAACCGCAGCACCCCGACGCCGCCGCCCAUGACCAUGCAGCAGAUGGCCCAGCUCAACGCCGCCAACAUGGCUGCGCGCAACACGCCUACCCCUCCCGGACAGCGCAUCAUGCACGAGUCAGCGUCCAUGAGCUCUCUGCGUCCGGCAUAUGAGACCGGGUUUUCCACGCCCCCGCAGUACGCUUCGUCCCUGCCGGCUGGGUAUGACAGGCCGCAUUAUGAGAAUGGCCUGACGCCUGGGUACGAGCAGACGUAUCGCAGUCGUAGGGAGAGCGCAAUGUUUAUGGGGCAGCUGACGCAGCAACCUUCAAAGAGUCGGUUGAGGGAGGAGACGCAGUUUUGA